AUGAAAAGUCAAGAACCAUCAUCUUCGUCUUCUUCGGAAUUGAUACCUCUGCAUCAACAAAAUUCGCCAUCAUCAACAUCUACAAGUAAACAAUCCAUACUCGGAGAUCUUCCUGUAUUUAAUGCAAAGAAUUUUUCUAAACCGAAUCCGAGAUCGCAUCUCAACCCUCCUAAAUUAUUAUAUACUCAUUCAAAACCAAAACAAAUCGUUACCACAGAUAGGACAUCUCUAUUGCAACGACAUUUUGAAAAGUUACAUUUAUCAGCUAACACAAAUAAUACUGGUGGUGGUCAACCAUCGCCCAGUGUUGGCUCGAGUAGUAGCAACAGUGGACUUUCAAAAAGAAAUGCAACAGACUCGAGCAUGUCAACAACGCCAUAUGACAGACCAACGAAAACUCUUAAAUAUAAUUAA